ACUUCUGAAUAGUUCUAACUGAACCAAGCCGUUUGGGCGUCAGUAGUGUUGUCAUAUUCGGAAUAACUUCCUAUGCUCGAUGAUGAACUCCAAUUUUUCCCUAUAGACCCGAUAUUCUUGUCCAUAUGUUUUGUAACAGUAUUUUUGUACCUAUUUUUAAAAAUUCCCAUCAUUGUUCAUGUGAAUGCCGAGAUUGCGUGAGGUUCGGCCAUUUGCUUGUAAAGGGGGUGUAGUUUCUCUCCUGGCGCCUCGCUCCGGUAGUUUUGUGUUGUGAUGUGAAUGGUGAAUGAGCGCCCGGUGCGGAGGCAGUACAGUCAGUCCAUUCGCGCUGUGAUGCCCUUUAGUGGGAAGGUCCUGCCAGAGCACACAGACACACUCACAUCAGCUCAGAGGCAAACAAAGAAGAAAACUGCUUUUGGAAAGUGUCUUUCCUUUAGAGUAGCUUGUUAAUGAACUGGCUUGAUUGAUCGCGCACAGCAGCUGGAAGAGUUUGUGGGGCGACUGUUAGCGCGGGUUUCGGACUGUAUAUUUAGGAGAGCUCUUGUUUCAAUUGUCCUUUUCGCAGUCUUUAUGAGCUAUGUUUUUACUUUAAAAUGUUUGACGCCUUCUGAGCUGUUUUUUCCCCGGACUCGUCUGUAACAUGUGAAAAACUGAUUGACUUGGACACGCUGUAGAUUGGAUACGUUUGGAUCGUGCGAGUCAUAUACUAGUCAGCUUCUUCAAACCUCUUGAUGAUGUUUCUCAACUCUCAAGACAGAUUAAUGGUUUGAAGGGGAGGGAGAAGUGCAGUGGGAGACUGAAGCUGAUAUCCCUCUUGAAUGAUGCCCAUAGACAGACUCGCAGACAUGGAGGAGAAACUUCGUAUUUUGGAGGACCUUAAUAUGAUAUACAUUCGUCAAAUUGCCCUGAGUUUAAAGGACAGUGACAUCCAGAAGAAGAUCGACUAUGAGAUCCGGAUGCGUGAGGGGGCGUGUAAGCUGCUUGCUGCAUGUUCUCAGAGGGACCAGGCACUGGAGGCCUCCAAGAGUCUCCUCACCUGCAACGCCCGCAUCAUGGCCUACAUGUCCGAGCUCCAGCGCAUGAAGGAAGCGCAGGUCAUGCAGCGGGUCGCACGCAGGUCUUCUGAUGCAGGACCAAUGGAUGACCGAUCCCCAUGUAAAGGCAAAGUAGCCAUUUCAGAUCUUCGGAUACCUCUAAUGUGGAAGGACACUGAGUAUUUUAAGAACAAAGGAGAGCUGCAUCGGUGUGCUGUCUUCUGUCUACUGCAGUUGGGUGGUGAGAUCUUUGACACAGACAUGGUGGUGGUGGACAGGACCCUCACAGACAUCUGCUUUGACAACACAAUUGUCUUUAACAAGGCAGGCCCAGGGUUCGAGCUGCGGGUGGAGCUGUACAGCUGUUGUUCUGAAGAGGACUACUCAGCAGGCAGCACAUCACGGAAACUGGCCAGCAAGCUAAGCUCGUCUCUGGGCAGGUCAGCGGGAAAGAAAAUGAGGGCGGCCAUGGACCCUGGAGCCUGUAGCCCCACCAGCAAUGGAGGAGGAGCGACAAUCCUGCUGCCUGUACCCUCUGUACCGGGGCCCAAAUAUCACCUUUUGGCUCACACAACCCUCGAUCUCUCUCAUGUCCAAGACAGCUUCCGCACACAUGACCUCAACAUCACAGGAAAUGAGGAGUGCUCUUUCUGGUUGCCUCUUUAUGGCAGUGUAUGUUGUCGUCUGGCUGCUCAGCCUCAUUGUAUGACACAACAGAUGAUGAGUGGCUGCCUAAGAGUCAAACUCGGAGGUGAGCCACAAGGCUGGACAAAUGUCUAUGGUGUCUUAAAAGGGACAAAUCUCUUCUGUUAUCACCAAAAAGAAGACAUGGAGGCCAAGGUGGAGCCCGUCUUAACAAUUGGUAUCAACAAAGAGACAAGAAUACGAGCAGCAGAGAAGGACCCUCACAGCAAGGCGCAGAAUAUCUGUAUCACUAACCAAUAUGGAGGAGAGGAGGUGACGCACACACUUGCGGCGGACAGCAGAGAGGACGCACAGUGCUGGAUGGAAGCAUUCUGGCAACAGUUCUAUGAUAUGAGUCAGUGGAGGCAGUGCUGUGAUGACCUGAUGAAGAUUGAACUGCCGUCACCACGGAAACCUGCCAUAGUCACACCAAAGCAGGGCUCCCUGUACCAUGAGAUGGUUAUUGACACCUCUGACGACAUCGGCACGGUCACUGACAUCCUGGCGCGUCGUAUUAAAGAGUUUGAGCUGAGGUCCCAACUUGCAGCGCCGCCUCACUGGAUGUCCUUGUUCGAAGAAGACCCCCCAAGAACUCCCCUCAAUCAUCAGCACCGCCGUAUCGCGCACCUGCCCCCACAUUCGCCCAGCCCUCGCCUGCACAGCCGUCAACCCAGAAGCCCACAGUGCCACCGAAUGCCCGGCAUUCUCUCCUCCAAUGCCAGCCUGACGUCAGACAUUGACAGCCCGACCAGUGCCAACCCCUUCUACCGCCAGGCAUGGUCCUCCGACAUCCCUUGCUCUUCCAAUCGCAUCCGCCCCAGAACCCUCUCCCUGGACGCCAAGCUUUCCACUCUGCGCGGUCGAGGUUAUGCCGGCUUCCAGUGCACCUGCCAGCCUCCGUCCACUGGCUCUGUGUCUCCUCGACCCUCUCAAACUGCUCUGUCCUGCUCCAGUUCAACUUCUAGCAACAGCUCCAGUGAGGGAAGCAACAGCCAAGAGUCAGACCUGGGCUUCUCCAGACCAUCCAGUGCUCGCCGAAGCCUCAGGAAUCUGAGAGUCAAGCUGGACCCCAGGAACUGGAUGCAGAGUCAGGUGUAGCUUUCAUCCAUCUCCUAUGAGAGAACUUUACUGGUGUAUCAGAGCCAUCAAAUAUUCCUGUGUCCCCCUGGAAAGAACUGGGAUUCCUGAGGUCAUGUAUGCUCAACGGCUAUAAUUGCAUCCUCUUUUAAAUCUGUGAACAGGGACAGACUAAAUUAAAGGGAUAGUUCACCUAAAAAUGAAAGUUCUCUCAUAAUUUACUCACCCUCAUGCCAUCCCAGAUGUGUAUGACUUUCUUUCUUCU